ACCAUUGCCCUGCAACUCAGAGCAGCAACUGCUGAGACCACCUUGAGGACAGGAUGAUCCUAAACACAGCUCUGAUUUGGGGGGCCCUCGCGCUGACCACCGUGAUGGGUCCCUGUGGAGGGGAAGACAUUGUGGCUGACCACGUUGCCGCCUAUGGCAUAAAUGUCUACCAGUCCUAUGGUCCCUCUGGCCAGUACACCCAUGAAUUUGAUGGAGACGAGGAGUUCUACGUGGACCUGGAGAAGAAGGAGACUGUCUGGCAGCUGCCUGUGUUUAUCAAAUUUAGAAGUUUUGACCCACAGGGUGCACUGAGCAACCUUGCUAUAUUAAAACAUAACUUGGACAUCCUGAUUAAACGCUCCAACUCUACCGCUGCUACCAAGAAGGUUCCUGAGGCCACUGUGUUUCCCAAGGAGCCCGUGAUGCUGGGCCAGCCAAACACCCUCAUCUGUGCCGUGGACAACAUCUUCCCUCCUGUGGUCAACAUCACGUGGCUGAGCAAUGGGCACCCAGUCACACAGGGCGUUUCUGAAACCAGCUUCCUGACCAAGAGUGAUCAUUCCUUCCUCAAGAUCAGUUACCUCCCCUUCCUCCCUUCUGCCGAAAACAUUUAUGACUGCAAGGUGGAGCACUGGGGCCUGGACCAGCCACUCCUGAAGCACUGGGAGCCUGAGAUUCCAGCCCCUAUGUCAGAGCUGAUGGAGACUGUGGUCUGUGGCCUGGGGCUGGCUGUGGGCCUUGUGGGCAUCGUGGUGGGCACCGUCUUCAUUAUCCAGGGCCUGCGCCCAGGGGGCCCCUCCAGACACCAAGGGCCGUUGUGAGUUACACUCCAGAAAGGAAGGUGCACUGCCCAACUUUGAGAGCAGAAG